UGAGUCAGACAGUGGUCCACGAUACGCAUCUCACACUCUCGCGCGCGUUUAAUCUUCUCGAGGGCUGUGUGCGCCGAGUUUAACAUUCGCGAUUGGGAGGUUUGAGAAAAAACGAGCGAGAGCGGAGAGGCCAUUUUGGGUGGAGGAGUCGAGGCUGUUCGUUCCUCGUUUUCGUUAUUUUCUCGGCGGUGUGUUGAGAGUCCCUGAAAGUUGGGGGUCGAUUGGAUCGGUUUCUUGCGGGCUCGGGGAAACAGAUCUUGAGAUUUAUGGACUUUUAAUGUGUGUCAGUUCGGAGGAGUCUUAACGAAGACCAAAUUAUGUGAAGAGUUUUCGUGUGUACGGAAGAGUCAAGGAUCGCGCGCGACGCGCAGUCUCUUUCGUUGAUAAGUUUCGCCAGCAGCGAUGUGAUCUCCGGUCGAACUCAUUUCGCAUCGCUCGUGCAACGCAGCAGUGAACAGCCGCGGCGAAGCCGUCAAUUAUUCAUCAUCAACGCAGUAAAAGUUGCGAGUGUGAACCAACAGAAUGUUUAUUCCAGCGUCGAAUGGUGCAUCAAGCGGUCUGAAUAUAAAAAAGCUCGGUGGACUGCGUUAGUGGAGUCGAGGCGAGUGUCGUCGUUGCAGUACUUUUAGUUGGACUCGUGCAACCGCGCGCAUUACCUCGCGUAUGAAAGGGACAAAAACACUCGAAUGAAAUACUCGAGAGGAAUAUAAAAGAGGAAAGAAAGGAAAAACAGCGACAGCAUAAGGUGCGAUUAUGCUGUAAAAAAAGGUAGCACCGUAAAACAUUUGUCAAAUGAUGCUAGUGCUUCUAUUGUGCGUCAUAAUGAAGAUAGCAGAGUUCUCGGUCGGUCGUGGGAGCCCGCCUUUGCCAACGUUUCCGGGACAACAAGUUCUCCCGGUUUGUUGCAACAAACGAAAGAGACGGUAUCGCAAACAGCACAACAGAAAUACAAACGACAGAUGCAAAUGCAUCAACCUCAAACGCACUGUCAAGGGAGCCACAGUGAUGGAAGAUCCUCAGACACCCGGUUCCGAUUGCAAUUCAAAUCCUGCAGAUCCCAUAUCGCAGGAACUGAUUGGGUCCGAAUUUGUCCAGGAUAAUUCCGAGUAUCAAUGGUUCAUUGACUAUGGUUACAGAGAUGGAGGACUUCACGUUCAUCCGAGCGUUCUAUCUUCCCUGUCGACUUCCUACACCCAAGAUGACCUCGGGUAUUACGAUGAUUUGGCGAGAAACUUGGACGCCAAUUUGGCGGAAGUCGAUAUGGAAAGUUUUAGAACGGCUGACAUCCAUACUCUGCUCACUGCGCUACCAGUCAUGUGUACCGACCCUGUCCAGCAUUCGGAGUUUAACUAUCAGAGGGAACGUUACGCCAGUAUUUCUGGCUCUGUCAUGGAAAAGAUCGACAUUGGUUCCUCAAUCAGUCCUCAUUCAAGCAGCCAGGGAGAAGACUCAGCAUGUUCGACGACGGAUACAAUAUCCAUUUGCAAAUCGUCUCUGCUAUUCUCACCUGUGAAGGAGACACCUGUCCUGCCUCCAGGAGGCAGCUACAGUGUCGACUCCCUGGACUGCGAAGAUAUGUUACUCACAUGCCAAACGAACAACAAAAAUAACUACACUAUUGCUUUCGAAGGUAGCAUGACCAUGUAUUCCGACGGUUCACAAGACUUUGAAAGCCAAGAAAAACAAAAAAUGUACGAGGCUCGAGACGCAUAUUACACUAAACUUGAUCUGAAAAACAUUUUGGAUCUAUCAAUGGCCUGUUCCGACUCAAAGAUUUAUACGACCUGGAGUAAUUUGAAACAUUCGUCGUCAAAUAAGGUCAUGACACGACAUCCAUCAGGCAACAAUAAUACUAUACCGAAUUUUCUUACUGGUGCUGGGAAUCUUAUGCUAAGCUCUCAAAAGCGGAGCCUCAGUCUCCCAGAUCUCAGGAAAACUCAAGAAUUUCAACGGAUCAACGCUCCUUUGAAUUUUUCCAUCGAUUCUGCAGACUGCAACGCACACGCGACGAAUCUUCAGAGCUCAGGUUCGGCAAUGAGUCGUUCAGUAAACGAGGACAGUUCGGGUAGCGUGGAUCAUGCUGUAACAGGCAAGAAGUUACAAAACCUUAGUCUGGUACGUCUGUUUAUGAAGCAAAAAAGCAUGAGCGCCGAAGGCAUGAGCUUGACGCUCGACCAGUCGGAUUCGGUGAGCGAGAGUGGCUGGCCCACGAGUAACAGCGAUAGUGGAACUGCGAAUACAAAUACACAAAUACCACGACAUAACAUAAACGUUGGAGGAGGAGGAGGAGGAGGAGGAGGAAGCAACGGGAAUAGCAACAACAGUAACGAGAUUCCGGAGAACGAUUUUUCGAUAAAUUGGGUCAAAACGGAUUGUUACAAAAGUUCACACGAGACAAGCUCGAGUGACAAUACCUCGAAGCGUAUAACAUCGAUCAAAGAGUUCCGCGAGGAAUCUCCAUCGGUCGAAGAACUUUCCGAGAGUCUCUUGAAAUCCGGAAUUUCUAAUUCAAAGAAUUUCUCCGAAGGAACUCGGGCGGAGGAGCAAUUAAAGAAUCGUUCAGCAAACAACACUUGGUGCAAAGAAAGUCAGCCGGUUUCGAAAACAACUGGAAUCCAAGCGAUCAUCGAAGUCGAGGAGAACGGUGUGCAAACAUCUUUGAUAUAUCCGAUCCCGGGGAAACCCGAUUAUCCACAUUUGCGGGAAACCAUAGUGGACAAAAAACCCGUUUACGUUGUCUAUCCAAACUACACAUUGCCUGAUUUGUCUUUCUUGAAUCGAAAGGACGUUGCUGGUGCGAAUCGCGGUGGGACUGCUGGAAUGGAAAACAUUGCACUCAAGCCUCAGGUUUAUGACCGAGAUAAAACCGGUUGGAAACGAAUCGUUAAAAGUGGAAGACCAUUUUCUUGCAACGACAUUGACACACUGCGUCAACGCGGCUUUUCCCACGUAAAAGAUUGGGAAUCUCUUACCUUCUUAUUGCCAUCGGAAUAUAAAAGAGUGUUGUACGAUGUUCCGGAAGUCUCUCAUCACAUAACUCUAGGCGACGACUUGAAAAAACCGCUCUUUUGUUUAUCGCCACCGAUGCGUCAUCGUACUCGACCGAUAAGCGAAAUCAUACCGUCGAACUUUUCGUCGAGUAGUAGCACCGGAACUCAACCCUCUUCAGGCUACCGUGGCUCAUCGACGAUCCUUACCGAUUCCUCCUCGAAUCUUCAGGUCAACGGCAAUUCAGCAAAUCCCCUUUAUCUCUAUCGUUACGACAGCAUGAGUUCGGCCGAAGCGAGUCUCGUCAGUCAGGACAAAAAGUCACAUCGAUCUCUCGCAAGUGGAAGGCCCGGAGGAAAUUCAACCUUUACCAAACGAUCGAUAUCUUUGCCGCAAGGCGAAUCAGCUGACGUUACUUCUUGUGGCAAAGUACCGCCGAGGCCACCCUUACCAAAGAGUAUUUUGCGAAAAAAUCGAGCUGCGGCGAACAAAAGAUACAGUAUGUUCGAAAUGGGCGGAGUCGAAGAGGUCGAAGAUCGACAAUCGCCUGAGCCAUCCAAGCGAAUGUCCCUCCCAGAACCUUAUUACAUAAACAAUGAUUUGCAACUAUUGAGACACGGGAGAAUCGUUGACUCGGAAAAAGACGUUGAUGAGGUUGAGGAGAGACGCUAUGCGGAAAGACUGAGAGAAACCGGAAGCUUCGGGAACAGCGACAGUGAUCCUCUCGAAUCUAGUGGCGACGACGUCAAACAACUCGAAGAAUUUUUAAAACGCAGUGGCUUCUCGUCGCAGAGCAGCGACGGCGAUGAAGAUCCUGAUCUCAAACUCAGAUCUUACGUCAGAAAAUUCUUGGCACUUCGAAUGAACAAGGAUAUCGGUAAAGCUGCUGAUAUGAUGGAGUCGCACAAAAAGUCUGUCAGUUUUGCCGUUCAUCAGAGAAAAGCUUAUCUCGCGAAUAAGGCUAACGUUUUGGCUGGAUUGGUCGAUACCAAGGAAUGUCCGGCUACACUCGACUCUGCAGUAAAAAAUGCUGAGCCGAAGCCCAUUGACUUGGAGGAAAAGAAGAAAAUGAUGUGGUCAGUCAACAAAGCGGUAGAUCUGCUCGUAAAGUAUUGGCACACGCAACCGAUUCAAACGUCGCGAGAUUACAUCGACAAAAACGAGUGUGCGCAAUUAUGCGUCAGUAAUUUAUGCCCCGCUUUGUAUGCAAUAAUGUCGGACGGUUUGAAGCCACAAUUGAAUUCAACUUUCGGGCCCAUCGCGAACAGUGUGUGGCAAGUCGUAGAAGCGUCCUCGCAGCAGGGUCCACUUACAAACACUUUGAACGAAUUGGUGCAAAAAAUCAAUGGAGAGGAUUUGAUAACCGAGGGAAUGCUGAAGUUCCACGCCUUCGUGUUUGGGCUCUUGAAUUUAAGGGCGUUGGAUGCGUGGUUUGCUUAUUUAUGCACGCGAGAAACAAUAUUGCGGAAGCAUUACAACAGCAACAGUCUUUUCGUUGGCGCUCUCGGUUGUGCGAAUGCUCGAGAAGUCGUUGACGCUUUUCUCAACAUACUUCAGCCUCUCGCCUUCUGUCCAUUCCAGCUCGAUCUUCUUUAUCAGUAUCGUCAGUUGCACAAUAGUUUUGGCAACAUAAAUAAUCAUGCAUUAACCAACAAUCCCACGCCGUUCAGAGUGGUUGACUCGCCGAAAGAGCACCAUUUCGAAACGUCCGAAACAACAACAACAACAAACGUCGCACCAAGUCCAAAGAGAAUACGUCCACGCUCGUGCGGCGUUUACUAUAACGAGGAUAAAAGGAACACGAAGACUGACAGCGAGGUGAAAAAACGCUGGAGCCACUUGCCCGGCGGUGCUAAAAUGUAUCCCGGCCUUGAGAAAUUAACUUCCGAAGAUUCGGAGGAUUAUACCGACAGUCUUGAGCACACGCCUCUCAAUCGUCCCGGUAGUAGUCAUCCGAGACAAAAUACACCAAAUAGAAUGUCGAGUCCGGAUGUCAGACAGCAACACGAUGACGAAGAUUCUAUACCGCGAGAACUUAAAUUCCGGAAGCUCCAAGAAAAAUGGGAAUUAAUGGUCGACAAAGAAGAACCGAGAGACACAAAUGCACCGAACGUUUCUUCGCCUAAUCAGACUCCGACGAGCGCCAGUAAAUCUAAGAUUCCAAGAUUACUUACCUCGCCCAUAAAACAACCCUCCAGUAGCUCCACUCCUGCUGGUAAAACUACCAAAUCUCCCGUUUCGGGUAUUCCAUCUUUGAAAAAACCUGCAAACGCCACUGCGACGAAAUUGGGACAAAAGAAAACAACCGAUUUGAAGGCUGUCAAAGACGUUACGAGACGCACUAGUCGCGUUGAUCAGGACCCUGCUGGCCCACCCAGAAUUUUAACUCGACCCAGUUCUUUGCCAUACAAAUCUCAUGGUGUUACCGCCAGAGACAAAAGUCUUGUUUCCCCACAUCGACGAGCUGCUUCAACCUCUUUACCAAGGCCAACGGCACCCACUACUUCAAGGGCUAGCGCCAUUAUCAAACAACCUGUCAAAGAAGUUCGUACAUUGACGCACAGACUGCCGUCCGACAACGGUCAUCUGUCGUUCAAUGAGGGAGAGAGAUUAAAGGUAAUUUUGGAGGUCGACAACAAAUGGUUGUUAUGCGCAAGAGGCGAUCGGAAGGGCCUUGUACCGAGAUCUUGCGUCCAUCCGCUUCAUUCCUAACCCACGGCUUAUCUAUGAUCAAGCAGCAAUCAAGGAGAGACGAUAUCAAGAUCCAAGCAUGUAUGGAAGUGAGAUUUCAAUUGCGUAUCGACUGAGAGAAUACCGUGAAUUGGGUUUCAUAAUGCGAGCUUUGUUCACGGCCCGUUUGUAAGCGUAAAUCGGCGAUAAUGAUAUUUGAAGAUUAGAGAAGAAAGAAAAAACAGGAAGAAAGGAACUAUCGAGCGAGUGAAUGGCGAAAAAAUCAAGACUAUAUUGUACAGUGUAUCAAAGCAGAAGUUUAGAGUCGUUAAAUCCACAAACGACGCAGUUACGAUAGUUUAUAUACCCGAAAAAAAAAAACAAAAAAACAAAAAAACAAGAUGAACAGAACGUCAAAAAAAGCAACAUACAAUUACCACUUAUCUAUUUAACCAACAAAAGCUUGGUUUGUAUCUCGUAUUAUGGCGUAUUUAGUAUUUUCAUUGGAAAAAGAAAUAUAAAAAUAUGAAAAUCGCUGGUUGUAGAUGAGGAAAAACAAAGAACAACAACAAUUAAGAGUUACACUCGGCUAGUCAUGAUAGACUCUCGAAAACCAGAUUGUAUUUAAUUAUCUGAACAUAAAACUAUUUAUAAAACAAGAGAAACACUCUCGUCCCCUCCCUUUACCGAAAUGUAAAUAUUAUAUACAGUGACGACACAAUGACGAAACGAUCGGAACGACGAGCUAAAAAAGUAAUACACUCAUAUACCAUUAUUAUCGUAAAUGUAACUGUGAUCAUAGAAAAUAGGCGAAUAAGUUUAUUAUUGAUGAAAAGUGCGAGUAAAAUUUGUUUUGUUUCGAAAGAAAUAACAAAAAAUAAUAGCAGAAAGGUUGUCACUCUCAUACUUUGAAUGAACGUUGUACUUUCUCGUUUAUUUUUGCCCCGCUCUUCGUUUCGUGUGGUAAUGUACGCGCAAACGUUGUUGCGUUUGUUUAAACAUUUUUUUAUGUUUCGAUGUUAAGAAAGACAAGAAAAUAAGGAAAACCGAAGAAGAAGAAACAAUGCUGACGAAAAUUUGUAAACUUACUAAAGACGCUUGCGUGAUUCGUGAAGUAACGACGUUUUUUUACUUGCUUCUUGUAUUCUUUAGAGUUUAUUACUAUAUGAAUACGAUGAGAUAGAUUUUAAACAAUAAAACAGAAAUAAAUGAAAGAAAAAUCGUUAUUGUAAUUAAUCGUCUGUACAGUUGACUCCAUUGAUGAAGUAAAAAAAAAAGGAAAAAAAAAGAACGAAAAUGGAAAUCAUUAUCAUCGUAAUCGCGAGUGAUAAUUUGUCGAUCGGAUAUUUAUCUUAGACGAAAUGGAUGAGACUUUUGCGUGUGAGGAAAUGAAGAAUGUACAUAAUAUCAAUGUGCGAGUGUGCGCUUAUCUAUGGCUUAUGAGGAAAAAAAGAGAAGAAAUUCUUUUUUAUCAAAAACGUUAUAAUCACGCUGUUGAAAUUUUUUUUUCAAUUUUUGCUUAAUCCUUUCAGCAUUGAAAUCCGAAUGCUCGUAUGGUUGUACGAAUCCCCAAAUAAUCUCACUCAAAUAGUAACGUAUUACUUUGGAAAGAAAAAAAAAACAAACACAACUCCCCUAAACAUUAUUCAUUUUUUGCAUUCAUAUGUGCCUCAGCCACAUACCUCGAGGACACCGUACAAAAAAUAAACCAACAAAAAAUAGGUAAUAUUCGCUGCAAUACAGAAGAAUAAACAAAGUAAAGCAUUGGCCUCGUAUCAAGUUUAUUCAUACGUUCGUAAUCGAAAUAACGUACAAUUAUGUAUACGUUGAUAUUAAUAAAAUGAUCAUAUUAUGCUUUA